CUUCCAACCUUCUUGAUCAGUGGAACAAUGGCGUCCGCAUACAACCGCCCAAUGCCGCCAACGCCGCCAUACAAGCGCACGGGAUGUCUAGAUUCAACUGUCAAAACAAUGACCUCAACACGAGUUGCUGCCAAUGCACGAGAACUGUGGACGACGGGCGAGCUGGUGCCGCACUCGCGGGUGAUGGACGAGAGCGUUCUGUGCGGCAAGAUUGUGACUGGGUUUCUGCAGGGCUACGCAGCGCAGGCCGCGUACGACCAGUGGCGCGUCGAGCACAAGGUAGAGUUGCUGCGACCACUGCCGUUUGAGCUGCGGACGGAGCCGCCGCCGAAAGAGAUGCUCUGGCCGGUUGGCUUUGAGGCGAGCGUCGCGGCCUUCCACGAGGCAAUGAAGCACGCUGAAGCCGCCUGGGAGGACCAGCGCUCGUAUGAAGAAGCGCAUCACCAUGCGUCGGCAAGCUCCAAGCCAUCCGCAGCAGCGGGCGUUGGGUCGUCGUCGUCGUAGUGGGACCAUUUGUUUUUUUCCAGCUGCGCCUUGGUUUGCUGCUCCCAGCACUGAUUUGGACUUGACAAGUUGUCGCUGGACUAGUCUGAUCCUUCCUAGACCUCGGGCAGGUAGCUGCGAUGCUUUGGAUUGUUCAACGGCUUUGAGCAGGUCUGAGUCUUUGAUAGCGCAAUGCGCACGAGCAACAACCGCGAUGCGUUAUGUGAAAGCGUGAGUUUGCGUGUGCGCUUCUGUGUUCCUUGUACAUUAUUAACACCUAUUCCAGC